CAAGAGCUCGAUAACGCGAUAUAUAGUUUGGUGAAGUCAGCUGACGCCAGGAUGCAAUCGGCCGUCGCUCGUGGACUGUAAUGCGAUCGCUCCGUUAUCGCGUGAGACUGUAAGGAUCGCAUUCGCGGAAAAAAACGCGCGUUCUCCUCGCGCGACCCGUCAAUCGAGUUGGGUACGCGAAGAACUUGUAUAAAUUUGAGUACUGAUUAGAGAACAAAGGAAGUCAUCAUGCCGCUCAGUGCAGAUAUAUCUACGGCGCUUCAUCUGCUGGAACACGUGCAGGAACGGGUGGAAGAUUGCGACGAUCCUAAAUUGCAGAUGCACACGUCGCAGGAUUUGAAAUCAUUAAUUUCGUUGUUAGAGGAUCCAGUAUUUCGGAGCAUAGUCACGAUUCAAGACUCCUUGAUUGAACUAAAUACACAACUGACGCAUCAUCCAUCUAUUUUGCCCGGUGACUUUGACAUUAACAUCAGUGGACAGCUGGAGCUUUCCGUUCCGACUACACCGGUGCAACCUCUCGGACCGAACAUGUAUCAAGAUUUGUAUCAAGACAGUAGCGAGCUGGAAGAUCAGAGAGUUCCUGUCGCUCCGUUACUGCACAGUAGCAGCGAGGACACGAGCGCGCAGGUUACUAGUCCCAGUCUUGUUUCGGAAGUUAUGGGAAUGCCGCCUAUAACAACACCUACUUAUGCGAAGGAGUUUAAAAAAGUCAUCGAAGCUGCGGCGAAAGGACGACAAAUAUUUACAGUCCAGUUAUAUAAACCGGAAGGAACUAGUUUGGGAUUCAGCGUAGUCGGACUUCGGAGCAAGGAUAAGAACGAGGUUGGCAUAUUCUUACAAGAGAUACAACCAAACGGCAUCGCAGGCUGCGACGGUCGACUGUUAGAAGGAGAUCAAAUAUUGGCGAUCGAUGGGCAGCCCUUAGACUCAAACGUUUCCCAUGAGCAGGCGAUCUCGAUUCUUCAGAAGGCCCGUGGUCUGGUUGAGCUAGUCGUAGCAAGAAGCGCCCAAGACGUUGGGAGCUCUUUGCCAACGGAUGAAUUGUCCGGUGGUUCGAGUUCGACAGCGGCCGCAGGAGCAGCGUCGUCCAUCGUCGGCGGCGGCGGCGGUGCCGUUGCUGGAAACAACCAGACAAGCUCCGACAAGGAUCAAUCGGUGUCAGCAUCGUCCACCGUCGUUACACCGGGACCGACCCCGAAGUCAAGCCAGCCGGCCAGCACCACUUCGGCGGCGACCCCGACGCCCACGAAUACACCAACACCUACACCGACCUCGACACCGGUACCUGGAGGCCUCGUUAUCGAAAGGAGCCCCUCCGCCGUCAGCGACGCCUCCAAGAGUGGCUCUGACAUGGUGUUGAAUACGGAAUGGGCUCAAGUUGAAGUGAUAAAUCUCAUUAACGAUGGCAGCGGUCUUGGAUUCGGCAUCAUCGGCGGACGUAGCACCGGCGUCGUCGUCAAAACCAUUCUUCCAGGAGGCGUUGCCGAUCGCGAUAAUCGACUCCAGAGCGGGGAUCACAUAUUGCAGAUCGGCGAUGUCAAUCUCCGUGGGAUGGGAAGCGAACAAGUUGCCGCGGUUUUACGACAAUCGGGCACCCACGUGCGGCUGGUCGUCGCGCGACCUGUGGAGCCAACUUCUCCCGAUUAUCAGGCCCUCGGAAGUCACGCCCCGAUCGUACCUACGAAAAUCCUGGGGGAUCCGGACGAGCUGGACAGACAUCUGGUGCACAGCGUACCGGAGAGCUAUAACAUGCGGCACGUGCAGCGGGGCGACAGUAGCUACGACAAUGGCUACAUGUAUUCGCAGGAGUCCGACAUUGAAAUGCAUACAAGACCCGGUCUCAUCAUGGACGUGGUACGCAACCCAAUGCCAAUUGGAGCGAUGCCAGUUAUACCGGCGGUGCCACUUCCGAUGCAGCUCCAGGAUCUCCCGGUGCUCACCAUGGAGCCCCUCGACAUUAAUUCACUGCCAGAGAUGGAGCGCUUCGAAGUCGAUCUCACGAAGGACGCUUACGGUCUCGGGAUUACUAUCGCCGGAUACGUUUGCGAGAAAGAAGAGCUUUCUGGAAUCUUCGUUAAGAGCAUUAGCGAGGGUAGCGCGGCCGAUUUGAGCAAUAAGAUCCAGAUUAACGACCGAAUAGUGGAGGUCGACAGACAUUCCCUGCAAGGUUACACUAAUCACGAGGCCGUUGAAGUGUUAAGGCGCACAGGGCAGACGGUGACUCUCUGCUUGGAGCGGUACCUUCGUGGACCAAAGUUCGAGCAGCUUCAACAAGCGAUCGCCGCAAGCGAAUUGAGAUUACCUCAGCCGAGUUCACCAUCGAUAACGAGCCUACCUAGUUUCCCCAUGAGUGCAGAUGGAGAGACCACUACUGAAAUAGAACCAGAAGGCGAAUCUCACACCACCGUGGAUAGUGCAAUUCUGCAAGAAGGUGAACGUUUAAGAACGUCUGAUGAGCAGGACGAGGCGACCAAUGUUGAAGCUCUAUUGAGUGAUCCAUCGAGUGAACUCACGCCUCAAAUUCGCGCGGCAAUCAAAGCGAAAUGGCAGAAAAUUGUCGGACCAGAAACCGAGAUAGUCGUCGCCCAGCUGAAGAAGUUUGCCGAAGGUAGUGGUCUUGGUAUUAGCUUAGAGGGAACGGUCGAUGUGGAGAACGGUCAAGAAGUAAGGCCUCAUCACUAUAUACGUUCGAUCCUGCCGGAGGGCCCUGUCGGACAAAACGGCACGCUGCGCUCCGGCGACGAGUUGCUAGAGGUAAACGGCUAUCGUUUAUUGGGCAUCAAUCAUAUGGAAGUGGUUAGCGUGCUGAAAGAGUUGCCUAUACACGUUCGCAUGGUUUGCGGAAGAAACAUCGCCUCGCAAGAUCCACUUUGCCCCAUCGACACCGCUCAACAUCAAGCCGCUUUCCAAACUAGAAGUAUCCUCGGUGGGUCUCUGCAAAACUUGUUGCCCACGAUGGAUCGCCUUGUGAAAGCAAAGUCGGACGGUUCCUUGGCUUCGACGACGACCACGGCCACGGUGACCGACGCGAGUCUGAAUAAAAUGAAGUCGCGCUCGUUGGAACCGCUAACCGGUCUGGCGAUGUGGAGUUCCGAACCGCAAAUUAUCGAAUUGGUUAAAGGAGAGAGGGGCCUUGGGUUCUCCAUUUUGGAUUAUCAGGAUCCAAUGAACCCCAACGAAACUGUGAUAGUAAUACGAUCGCUCGUGCCCGGCGGAGUGGCACAGGUCGACGGGCAGUUAAUACCGGGCGAUCGGCUUCUGUUUGUGAAUGACAUCGGAUUAGAGAAUGCAACACUGGACCAGGCCGUGCAGGCCCUUAAAGGCGCCCCGAAGGGGACCGUUCGCAUCGGCGUGGCCAAACCGCUGCCAAUACCAGACAGUAUUGUCCAGAGGAUGACACCGAAGAUCAAACGGAGCAAAAGUUUUCCCAACGAGAGUGAGACGACAGAUCGCGCAGCCGAGGUUGAAGACUUGCUUUCUUCGAGAUCAGGACUGACCGAAACCUCGACGAACAAACCGGAAAUCGACGAGGACGAGGAGGAGGACCACUGGAAAGACGCUUCUCCGAUGACGCCGGUUUGCAGUCCAGUACGACGACCUCCCAAACUCCAUCAUCGCGACAAGAGGUCUCCGACCAGAUAUAUCGAUGUCGAUAACGACGUCGAGAUUAUUCACGAAUUCUAUCCUACCACGUCCAAAACAAUGCGCGAGGAGACGAGUAUCGUGUCGUAUGGCGGCACGAUAAUCGUGGAAACGACGAGGAUACCCAGGCACACCAAGGAUGUUCCGGCGAGGAUGGAAAAGGUGGCUCCAAAGGUGAAAUUAAAAAAGCAAUCGUCUUUGGAGUUGGAUCGCGUGCCUCCCGUUCAGGAAGAGCCGUCUUCCAGUGCGGAGGACACAUCCAGGGUCACCAUGACAAUGAGAUCGGUGCGGGAAACGGAUCAACAACGUAGGAAAAGCCUGAAGCGUCAUAGCAGCGCAGAAUCCGAAGGGCGAACGUCCACGUCGAGGGAGACAUUGGAGAAGUCGGAUACAUCGUCGGAAAAAGGUGCCAAGAAGAAGGUCUUCAUGGAGAAGGGAGAUGGUAAGAAACGAUCGAAAAAGUCGGGAAAAAAAUCCAUCAAGACUGAACGGAAGAUGGGGGAGGAUUCGUCGAGGCGGAAACACGAAGGCGAAGAUUUCGCGAAGAAAGACGAGGAGACGUAUCGACGAUCGAGGGAGGAGAGGAAGAGCUUGAAGGAGCAGGAAUGCAUCGAGAGGGUGACGGAAUUCCUGACGAGGCAUAGCAUUCCGUCUUAUUCUGAUGUAAGCGUCAGCCUCGAAACUGCGGAGCUCUCCGUUCCCGAAGUCGUAGAUGAGCAACGAGUCAAACGUCCAUCAGUUAUUAGCAAAGAAGAGGAAACCGUGAGCCUCUCAACGACAAUCGAAACGUCCAUCGUAUCUACAAAGAGGAAAGAGAGCCUAAAAAGUGUAUCUGAGGUGGUGGAAGAAACAAUAGAUUCUCUGAGAGACUCAAAACUCGCAAAGGACGUCAAGAAAUUCUCGGAGGACAAGAAACAACGGCCAACUCUCGAACGAGUAGCCGUUUCAGAGAUUCGGCAACCCGAACCGGCGGCUCAGCAGCCCACGAAACGACCGAGCUCGUUGAGAAAAAGGAGAGACUCCUUCUCCAGAGAGUCCUCAAGAGAAUCAUUGUUGGAAGAAAAAAAGGGUGUCAGAAUUCAAGAGGACGUACAGGAGAUCUUCUUUGAUGAUACGAGCGACCAGAUGACCGACCUGCUGCCAGAGGUCCAGCUGGUGACUGCCAGGAUCAUCACGGCGGAACAGGCGUCUGCGCUUCGCUUUGAAGAGGCAAUCACCAGAAUCGAGAUCCAUUCGCCACCAGAAGUGCAUCUCAUUCCAGAGACAAUUAAAACGAGACUAACGCGGGCGCCAUCACCGGAAAUCGUCGACGCCUUGUCAUUGCAGCUGCCCGCCUUAGCGAAAUCGACGUCAGAGAGCACUUUAGCGGAAGGCAGGCCUAGUUCCGACGAGGAUCGCAAGGUUUCUGUGAGAAAUCUGAGGCCGGAGAUUCUUUGGGAUCUGUCGAAAGUCUCCGAUAACGGCGAAAAAAUCGAGCAGACGGGUGAGGAUGGUAGAGACGUCAAGGAGAGGCGACUCAGCAGAACCGGAAGCGAGGGUUCGAAAAGAUUAGCCAAGGAUCAGACGCAGGAACAAUUUCCCUUCAAAAUCGGCAGUCUGGCACAGCCAGACAGGCCGGAACUGAUGAUCCUGCACGAAGGUCUGACAGAGAAAACAGGAAGCGUCAUAGAUGUGACAAGAAAGGAAAGCAAGGAAGAUGAUGGCAUUUCAAGUGAGUUCCAAGUUCGACGCGAGUCCAAGGGAUCCAUCCACGUUGCGAAGGAUCUCGCAAUUCCUGUCGGCGAAGUUGCCGAUAGUGCGAUUCCGGCGCAAAAUUCCGGAAGAGAAGAAGAAAAAAAGCCAUUAUCACGACAAGAAGCCGAGGAGGACGCGAGGGAGCCGCGUGGUUAUGAGCAGACGACUCCUUCGCGGGAGAAACGCUCGCCGUUGUUGGAGGAAGCGAUUUGUAAGCACGAGGAGGAUCUGAUCUGCAAGGAGCACUCGCUCGAGUAUCAAAGUCAAACACUCGAGAGCCAAUCGGAUCAUUUAUUUCACGAGAUAUUCACCUCCUCGUUAGAAGACCUACCUGAGGAAGUACCCGAGAGUUGGACCCGCGAAGUUUACGAGGAGAGUCUUGGCGAGAUCCAGCACAGCUUCAAAGAAACGCAGUAUUCGCCCAAGGAGAAGCGCGAUGUACAAACGCAGACUGUGCAGGAGUCUAAGAGUACACAGUGCAGCCCUGAACAGAGUGUGACGAGUCCGUGCGACGAGCCAUCCGGGAUCAGUCCCUUCCACAUCGGCCAGAGGUAUUUCCAGAGUCCCAGACGGGAAGUACAAACGCAGACUCAGGGCGAGAAUAAAAGCGUUCAGUGCUCGUUGGACGAUCUGAGUGGUCUAACGAGAGGCGACGCUGCGGAUCAGACGCAGGAGUCGAAGAGCAUUCAAUGCAUCCCGGAGGACAUCUCUACGAGAACGUCCGUUAGGUCGAGAUCCUCUUCCCGAGAAGACAUUCUGCGUAGUCCGCGGCGUGAGGUCGAGGUACAGACCUACCAGGAGUCGAAGGCGAUCCAAUGCAGCGACGACGAGCUGCUCGAGGCUGACCAAGCGAGCGCCGAUCGUCCGGAGCACGCGCACCAGAGUAGAUCAGCCAGCUCGAUCUCUAGGAAGACCGAGAGCUCGCCCUCGUCGAGCUCGAGUUCGCCACGCAAGUUUCCGACUGUCGUCUUCGUGGAGGGAAAAGGGGAUAUGACCGUCACACACAGGGAGCACGAUGGCGACGUCACCUGGUCGAAGCAUUGGGGUCCCGAGAGACUGGUGGAGAUAUACAGAGAGCCGAAGACCAGCUUAGGACUCAGCAUCGUUGGCGGAAAGGUCGAUCUGCAUAAUGGCGGACCCAGCAAGACGCAGAACAUUUCUGGGAUAUUCAUAAAGAAUGUACUGCCGAAUAGUCCCGCCGGCAGAACCGGCGGUCUCAAGAUUGGAGAUAGAAUAAUUGAAGUGGACGGCGUCGACCUGCGGCAUAGUACGCAUGAGCGUGCGGUGGAAGUUAUACAAGCUGCCGGAAAUCCUGUCAGUCUUCUCGUCCAGUCCUUGGUGAAUUUGAGUCCGGAGCACGGCGGCGCCGUCCAGGAGGAAAGGGAUUCCAAAACCCGAAGGCAAACCGUCAAGACUCAUACAUCGUCGUCUUCCGGUCCUGGAGCGCCAACGACCUCCUUUCGCCAUAAACCACCGCCGGUUUCGCCCGCGAGAUCCAUCACGCCGGAAGUAAUACAGCCAGGAUUCGAGGACGGCGUUUUGCGCGGGGAUUCCCAGAGGCUAAGUUCGAAAAGUUCAGAUGGCUCGACUUCCAGUGCGCGAAGAUCCUCCAUGAAGAAGUCAAUUCGGAAAACAGCCCCGUCGCCACCCGUAAAUCAGAGUAUCCUUCGUGAGGUCAGUGAAGAACGAGAGGAUCAUGUGGCGACUGCCGUCACGGAGCCUCCCCAAAAGCCCAAGUACUCUUCAGAUGAGAGCUCGGAGGACGAGGAGGACACACGCAUGUUGGAGGGAAAUGUCUACACAAAAAGCGGCAUCGAGAUCUCGCGGAGAAGCGCCGGAAACGUGAAGCGCACGAAGUCGGAGAUCGAAGCGGAUCCGGAGGGAGAGGACGAGUUCGGCUACACGAUCAAGAAGGUUCAGAAGAGGUACCAGAAUCUUGGGCACAGGGUAUUGAUGGUCACUCUCGAAAAGGAUCGGCGGGGUUUGGGAAUUUCUCUGGCAGGACAUAAAGACAGAAACCGAAUGGCGGUGUUCAUCUGCGGUCUCAAUCCAAAGGGUGCAGCUCACAAAAAUGGCGGGCUUCUUAUCGGUGACGAGAUAUUAGAGGUAAACGGCUACGUAUUGCAAGGACGAUGUCAUCUGAAUGCUUCCGCUCUUAUCAAAGGAAUGGCCGGUACUCUCUUCAAAAUCAUCGUCUAUCGACGAUCGAAGGCUGUCGACGACAUCGCCGUAAAGCCGAUAGUCCAAUUUCCACCAACCUUGGAUGACGUUUAUAUAGAUUUCAAGAAGUACAAAGGAGUUCGUGACGUGCGAGUGAAGAAGAGUCAAUACGGCCUCGGCAUAAUGAUCAUCGAAGGGAAACACCUAGCCGUAGGGCAAGGCAUUUUCGUGUCCGACAUUCAAGAAGGCAGUGCGGCGGAACAGGCUGGAUUGCAAGUGGGAGACAUGAUCCUGGCCGUUAAUCUGGACAGCUUAUUAGGCCGUACGUACGAUGAGGCGACGGAAUUAUUGAAGAAAGCGGAAGGUGUCGUUAAGCUAGUAGUUUGCAAUCCUAACGAGAAUAAAGAACAGAAGGAGAAACAGAAGAUUAAAGAACUCAAGGAUGGUUCGUUAACUUCGGUUGCACAGAAGACCCCGCAAAAGAGUGGGACAGUUUCGGUGCCCGGCAAGGAACCGGUAGAACCCGAAGAGAAAAAGGUCCGGCAGGAUCCAAAGACUUGCAAGAUCGAAGUCGGCAAAGAAGCAACGAUAGAGUUUCAGAAGGAGAAGAACCAAGGUAUAGGUUUCUACAUCGCUGGAGGUUCUAAUACUCCUUGUAACGGAGUGUUCGUUCUGGACGUAUCUCCUGAAGGCGCGGCUGGGAAGGACGGCCGGUUACAACUAGGCGAUCAGAUUCUCAGCAUAGGCAAUGAGAGCUUCAUGGAAAUAGAGUACGACAAAGCUCGCGAGACAGUCCUGAAGCAAGCUCCUGGGACUAUCACGAUGACGGUGUUCCGUCAUGAGAAACCAGCCGAGGAAUACGAGGUCGAGAUACAGAAAAAGAGCGGUAAAGGAGCUGGUCUCUGUUUCGCCGCGUUCUGGAGCAACAAAGGGGUCUAUGUGAAGGAGCUAACAGCGGGCGGUCAGGCUAUCGAAACCGGCAAGAUCUGCAAAGGUGAUCAGCUUGUAGCGAUUGGUGGAUUGGACGUCCGCGACGCUUCCCUGGACGACAUCGCCUUUCAUAUGAAGAUAUCUAAUCCGCUGCAAAUGAAGCUAGCUAGGUAUCAUUCCGCCAAACAAUGACAGGGUUCUGCGGGCGGAACUCUCAGCGUGUGUCCCAACGUACGAAGAAGCGCCUGCAGACACCGUGGAUUCUAGUGUGAUAUACGUAGAUAAAAUAACGUCUCGAUAAACCGUAAGAGUAUCUUUGUUACAAGAGCCGCGUAUAGAAUUGCGCGACUCGCUCUAUUAGUUACACGCCAGCGUCGCCAAUCGAUCUUGCCGUUCAAGCUCGCAGACUCGUGUGCGACGUGAGACAGAGAGAGAGAGAAAGAGAGAGAAAUAGAACGAAGAAGAUGGAGCACGACAGAGCGCGAUGACUCAAACGUACACAUCAAUAAGAAUCCGAGACACGGCGGAAGAAAGAAUUUUUGUAACCAGCUUGGUAGAGGGUAUUCAAAUCGAGUGAAAUCCCGUCGACACGGAUCGAUCGGCCAUUGAUCGAAUCCCGUAAACGAUUCCGUCUGUCGAUGCUCGCGCUCGUGCAAAUAGUCGAUACGAAAUAUCUUAUAUACAUACAUUAUUAUAAUUAUAUAUAUAGCGAGAUAAUACGUUAUCGCCAUGACGAGAGUUCAAUAACGGCGACUGUUCAUCUCGUUCGGCAUAGGAAGCCGUAGGACGGAUAAAUCGAUAAUAUUCCGCAAGUCUACAAUCGAGGCUCAUGAAGAGAGAAAGCCGCGGAAUCGUCCAGAUUUGGUCUUUUUCUCUUCGGCUUACGCCGUUCCCCUUGUAUCCCCGAUACAAAAUCGAGUCCGCUUGUAUAUUUCGUAUCGCAUCUUGCGUACACUUUAAGACAGGCAGAGAUAGUAGGACCGAUUGUAGCGCGCGUUUUCUCGAUAUGUCAAAUAUUUUUCCUCCUUUUCCUUUCUUUUUACGAUAAGACUCUAGUCCAGCCUAAGAUCGACAUUUCGGCGUUUCUCGCCUUAAUUAUCGCUCUCGCUCGCGCCGCGGCCGCUUCCGCCAUAGUUAUUAUUGUCGUAUAUUGUAUUUUUUAAUAUUAAUAAGAAGCACAGGACGCGAUGUACGAGCUACGUCGGAAAAAGUAUCGAGGAAACUUUACCUUGACGCCCAUAUUUAUAUCGACCGUUGUAAAAAGUUUUUCUCAUCUGUCCAAGCUUGCGUAAAAUACACCAAUUUGGUAAAAUUCGUUUUACGAAAGAUUAGAAUUUUACGAAACGCGCAGCUUUAUUUACAAAUCAAAGCGACAUGAGAUGCGAUUCCCAGUCGACACAAAUUUUUAAGUAACAUGACAUGAAUGUUAUAAUUUUAUACUUAACGAUAUAAAUAUAAUAUCUGUCUGUUCUUUUUAGAUGAACUUUUUGCACGGAUCAUCUUUUUUCUUUCAACAUGAAGAGGAAAAGAAAAAAGAUGAAUCAUGCAAAAAGUUCAGAUAAAGAAGAACAAGUCUAAAAUAUAAAAGCAGGAGCACUUCUAUAAUGCAUAACGUAUGAUGCAUAAGAAAAUUAACCAAUCAAAGUCCUUCG